AUGGAAGAUGAUGAGAAACAAUGCCUUGGAUUAGUUGUACUGGUUGAAGGUAUUUUGAUAGGCGUGAAUUCAACAGAGAAGAUUCCAUACCACCGCCUAAAUUACGCUUCAGAUUUUGAUCAAUACUGCUGCCAACCUUGGGGUAAAGAUGCUUUCGCUAUCAUCUCUUCUUGUGUAUCAAAGAUGGGUCCAAAGACAUGGACAAAAGAACGGUACAACGUCAAAGGAUUCGUUCUGGCAGUUCACUUAUGGGCCCUCAGCGCAGUUCCAAUCUUCGGCAAAAAAUUUGCUACCAAAUGUGAAGGGGCAGAAGAAACAUUUCUAUUGUGUUUAAGAUGGAAAAGCACUGAAGCCCCAAGAAUGACAGACAUUAUUCUUAUCGAAAAAGGGGUAAAGGUUAAUGCAAUUGUUGGCGAUCCAGAAUAUUACAAGUAUUUGGCCUCAGAAACGCAUGAUGAUGAUCUUUCCGUUUAUGGACAUGGUUAG